AAUACUUGCCUAUGUCAAUUUAAAUGUACAGUAAUUUCAAAGCCUUGAGAUUAGGAAAGCUUUGCUGUCUUCUCAGUCAGACCAAUUAAUCUUUUUUUGGUAGUACCUGAAAUUUAUACAGGUACUACCAAAUUUAUGUUUUGAUGCUUGAUCCAUUUUUUUUUUUUCUGUUUCUUGUGUAUUUUACAUUUAUUCCUAAGGACAUUAAAUACAUGAUGUAUCCUUUAGCAUCUUUAGUUACGUACUUAAGUAUUCUUUUCUUGCUGCAAUCAGUGUCCCAUAUGCAACUUCCCAUUUGCAGAAUUUAGAAGUUGGGAAGUCAGAAGGAAGCUAUAUUCUUAAAUCAAAUGUAACAUCUCAAAGUGUUUCUAGCCUUCUCAGUUGUUGCAAAGGCACUUCAGAAAUGAUGUAAAUGAAAUGUCAUCUACAAACACUGUUACAGCUGUAAAUUGGAAGAAGCAUCCUGUCCGGACUGCAGCAGGCACAGGCUGCCAAGUUUACUGCUGUAUUUCAUUUCUUAAGAACCUAGCUAUUCCUUCUGUUUCUCAAGGUCAAGUUGUAACUGAAUUAAGAUUACAUAAGCAUGUUCUCAAUCCUGUUUUCUUAUUUUUGACCGCUGAUUGCUGAGAACUAUAUUCUUCUGUUAAUUUAUUUUUUUAAGAAAUGUGAAGACAGCAGCUAGUGCUUACAGUGAGUAAGGGGCUGCAUCAUGAAUCCAACAAAUCAUCAGCUUUGUUUGGCACUUCAAAUUGUCCUUCAGCAUUAUCAGGGACAUUGGUUGGUCAUCACAACUGCAGUUCUGAACCAGAGGGCAUCUCUUGUUUAACCAGUAGCUUGGAGACCUGCAAAGAACUGAGGAUGCAUCUGCAGUGGAGGAGUCAGGGACUGUACUGGGAGGAAAGGAACAAAUUGGGUUUGAUCUGAGCAAUGUGGAGUGGUCUUUUCACACACUUAACUGAAUCAUGGAAUAACUUCAAAGGUCUAGAUCCAGAUUAUGUAACAUGGAUGGAUCUCAUGCAGAAGCAUGGCUACUACACACAGAAGUAUGGGAAAUUGGAUUAUACUUCUGGACAUCAUUCAGUGAGUAACCGUGUGGAAGCCUGGACUAGAGAUGUUGAAUUCCUGCUCCGGCAAGAGGGAAGACCCAAGGUAAAUCUUACUGGUGACAGGAGGCAUGUGAGAGUGAUGGAAACUGAUUGGCAGGUUACUGACAAAGCAGUGACUUGGAUAAGGAAAGAAGCCGUUAACCUCACCCAACCAUUUGCUCUUUAUCUGGGGCUAAAUUUGCCACAUCCAUAUCCGUCACCUUAUGCAGGAGAAAAUUUUGGAUCCUCUACAUUUUUAACGUCUCCAUAUUGGCUUGAAAAGGUAAAAUAUGAAGCUAUUAAAAUUCCCACGUGGUCUUCGCUUUCAGAGAUGCAUCCAGUAGACUAUUAUUCAUCUUACACUAAAAAUUGUACAGGAGAGUUUACAAACCGAGAAGUGAGAAGGAUUAGAGCAUUUUAUUAUGCUAUGUGUGCAGAGACAGAUGCUAUGCUUGGUGAGGUUAUUUCAGCUCUGAGAGAUACUGAUCUUCUUAAAGAAACGGUCAUUAUGUUCACUUCAGAUCAUGGGGAACUUGCUAUGGAACACCGUCAGUUCUAUAAAAUGAGCAUGUAUGAAGGAAGUUCCCAUGUUCCUCUUCUAGUUAUGGGCCCAGGCAUAAAACAACAGCAGCAAAUAUCAGCUGUUGUCUCUCUGGUGGAUAUAUAUCCUACUAUGCUUGAUCUAGCACGAAUUCCUGCUCUGCAGAACCUCAGUGGAUAUUCUCUUUUACCCCUGCUGCUUGAAAGGGCGGAGGAUGAAGUGUCACGCAGAGAGCCUCGGCCCUCGUGGGUACUGAGUGAGUUCCAUGGCUGCAAUGUGAAUGCUUCCACAUACAUGCUUCGAAUUGAUCAAUGGAAGUAUAUCACGUACUUGGAUGGCGUUUCGGUGCCUCCACAACUGUUUGACCUUUCUGCUGAUCCAGAUGAGCUAACAAAUGUUGCCAUAAAAUUCCCAGAAACUGUACAAUCCUUGGACAAAAUACUUCGCUCAAUAGUGAACUAUCCAAGGGUUUCUUCGUCUGUUCAGAACUAUAACAAAAGGCAGUUUAUCAGCUGGAAACAAAGUUUGGGCCAGAAUUAUUCAAACGUUAUUGCCAACCUUAGAUGGCAUCAAGACUGGUUAAAGGAACCAAAAAAAUAUGAGAAUGCAAUUGAUAGGUGGCUCAGCCAAAGGGAACAAAUAAGCUAAAUAUAUUAAUAAAAGAAAAACAUCACAGAUCUAAUAUGACUGAGGAGAAGGAAACAUUCUGCAUUUGUAAUUUUCUGUUGUAUUUCAAUUGUUAGAAUUAUUAUCUUAUCUAAGCUAUUUAAAGCAAAGAUAGUCCUGAAGAAUUACUGCAUUGUGCUAGAAAGCCCAAAGUGGUUGAUGUAACUGGCCAGUGUAACAAAUCUAGAUUUUGUAUGAUAAAAUUCUGUAGCAUGUAAGAAUGCAUAGGAAGAAUGUUAUGUAAGUUUUAAUUACAUCUAUGGUACAUGUGGCUGAUUGCCAAAAUGCAGAGUAUUAAGUAUUAGAACUUUACAGGAAUUUGCAUUUUUAAUGACAUGUUAAAGCAAGAAUUGUGUUUUAUGGUGGGAUACCUGUUACACUGGAGUAUGCCAGAGCCAACUUUCCACCAAGGUAGACUGUCCAUAACAAACACAUCCAUUUUGGAGAUGAUGCUGGGGUUAGAAUUUCAUCAGAAAGAUAGCAUUUAGUGGUCUUAACAUUAAUGCACUUUAUUCAGUAUUUCAUCAUUCCAUUUUCAUUCAUUGAGUCUUCACAUUUGAAGAUAGGCCUUCUUAUCUCUGGCUUUUGGAUCUUGACUUACCAUGCAUCAUUCUUCAAAAUAAUUGCAUGCUAGUACUUAGGUGCUCGUAGUCGUAUGAGUCACUCUGGUGACUCAAAGGCUAUGCAAACUGUGUUUGCAAUGAAGAGAAAUUGGUCUUUGUUCACUGUUAGAAAUUAGGGGGGAAAAAAAACAACAACCCAACAGUGACAAAAAUAAAUCCCUCAGACGAAACUUGUGAGUAGAGCUGUUUUCUGAAAAGUAAUAAUGAGAUUUUGCACAGCAUUAAGUUUAAAACUGAUUGAGUGGAUCUCCAUUGUGCAGUUAAAUUCUGCAGGUAGAUGUUCUAACGUGCAAAGCUUGAACAUAAAAUAUCCUCAGAGGAGAUGCAGUUGAAACUUGCAAAAGAAAAAAAACAGAACUAUUUCUCAUUUGCCCAGGGAUGUGACUGAAUAAAUAAACGAAUAAACACCAAAGCAGUUUUGGAAGAAGUUUAGAUUUAACUAAGUUGACUUUUUCUAAGUGAAAAAUGCUUGUAGCAGCAUGUACACUUGCUUAUUUUUGGACACUGUUGCUGUGCUACAGUAGAAAUUCAGCAUGACAUUAUAACUCAUGCCUGAAUGCUGCCUGGAAUUUUAAUGAAGUACUCAGCAGUAAUGGUAAGCUGGAAAAAUAUAAACAUGAAAAAUACGUGUGUUUUCUGAUAGCUAAGCACCCUACCUGCAUUUUGUAAAUAAGUUACCACGCUAAAUUAGCUACAUAUAUUCAUGAAUAUAUUACCUUUUUCAUUGUUAUUGUUCAUAGAACAUUAAGGAUAAUCUUAUACUACUUAUUGGUUGGGCAUGCCAUUGUAAUUUUUGCUGAGUUCGGGUCAUGAUGAACUCAUUUCAACAAAAAAUGCAGCAAUGUAAUAUGAGUUGGCUAUAUAAAUAGAGGGAGGGAGGAAGUCCGUAUGAAGGCAUAUUCAACAGGGAAAGUAAUAAAUUGAUAUCUUUACAGAGUUCUGGGCAGGUCGGAACUCACUGUAGAGAAUCCAGCAAAAUAAAAUUUUGGUGAACUGGU